CUUCGUUGACGCUAGCGGGUCACAGACGCGUUUUGUUAUGCGUUCUCAGUUUUCGAUUUGCAAACCGUUCAGUUGAUUUUAUUCCUACUCUUUUUGUGCUCCGGUGCAUUUAACGGGAGUGUUGAGUGAAGUGGCGUUUUAUUUAUUCAUAUGCCGGCGUUUUCGAAUGUGCCUUAUACAAACGUUGAAGAAGAAUAACAGAAAAAACUUCGUACUGACUGUGUAUGUGAAGUUCUAGCUGGAUUGGAGCAUUCCCGUUGAGUGAUAAGAUCAUCCGGUGUUACAAGCAGUACUGGAUUGUUUAAAAAAAAGCAGUGCACUUACAGACCUCGGGAGAUUUGAUUUGAUUCCAUGACAACGGAACCCACUCCGGGGCAUCGGAUUCAUCAUAGACAUCAACGCUAUUUACUGGAAUCACCGCAGUGCCGAAACCGAAAUUAACCGCAACCAAUCAGGCGGAGAGCGUUUCAAUGAUCUUCUUCGUGUGCCACGACUGCCCCGAGUGUGCAGAGUGUAGUUAAUUGAAGCCCCCAGGCAGAGAAGGCUAACACCCUUCCGGGCGUCCAGAAAUGGUCAAGCAGUGAGCCUCUCGCGCAGUGAAAACUCCGAACGAAACAGGGGAAGAUAGUACAGUAAAACAGAUAAAUCUUAGAUCAUCACGCAGCAUCUGACCCAUCAUCCCAACCGCAACGAAGACCGCGCGCAAUUUAGAUGAAGAGUUAUAACUAACGUUCGAGAACGAACGAAAUAUCCGAGUGGAAUUCAGUGUUAUUGUGUGUGCAAGUGAGAAAGAAUAAUAGUGAAAAAGAGAAAAGCUUAGAGCUCUGAGGAAAACGAACAACGCUGGACCAGGAGUAGCAACAAUGUUGAAAUUUAUACGUGGAAAAGGCCAACAACCUUCGGCCGAACGGCAGAAGCUGCAGAAGGAACUAUUUGCAUUCCGGAGGACAGCCCAGCAUGGCUUCCCGCACAAACCGUCGGCCGUGGCCUACGACUCGAUCAGCAGACUGAUGGCCAUCGGCACCAACAGCGGUAUCAUUAAGGUAUUCGGUCGGCCCGGCGUCGAGUUCUACGGUCAACAUCCCGCCACAACGAACGCAUCCGAUUCGAUAGUGCAACUGCUGGAAUGGAUCCCCGGAAGUGGUCGGCUCCUAUCGCUGACGGCUUCGAAUCAGUUGAUCCUGUGGGAACCAACCGGAACGGUGCUAGUUCCCAUCAAGACGCUGCCAUUCGAUGGAAAGCUUAAGAAGAUUUCAUCUCUGUGCUGUUCCUACAUGAAGGAUACAGUGUGGAUUGGCACCGAGGGCGGUAACGUGUAUCAGUUCGAUAUCAAGAGCUUCUCCGUGCGAGAACCGGUCAUCUACCACGAUGUGGUGCUCGAACAAUUACCGCAAUCAUACAAACUGAACCCUGGAGCGAUCGAAUCAGUAAAACAAUUGCCAAACAAUCACAAUCAGCUGCUAAUUGCAUACAAUCGAGGUCUUGUCGUACUGUGGGAUUUGGAUGCAAACAAUGUAAAGCAGUCCUUCAUUUCUCCGGGUCACGGUCAAAGUGUUGGAUUGUACAUUUCUCCCUGUGGCACACAGUUCACCUGGUAUCAUGGAGAUGGUUCAUUUGCAACCUGGGAUUUGGACAGUCCAAUACCCCCAGAAAAUCAAAAGUAUGUGCCUUAUGGUCCAGAUCCAUGUAAGGCCAUUGAUAGAUUGAUUCGCGGGAAACGGGGCCUUUGUGAGCUGGUCGUGUUCUCCGGAGGAAUGCCAAGGUCAGCAUAUGGUGAACACCAGUGUGUGUCAGUUCACUGCCGAGAUGGAACAAAAGUAGCCUUCGAUUUCACCUCCAAGGUAAUCGAUUUCUUCGUCACUUUCAAUGAGGAUCGCCCAGAGCAGGUUGAAGUUUUGGUCGUACUGCUUGAAGAAGAAUUGGUUGCGUACGAUUUGACAGAUGAAACCAUUCCGCAAAUAAAUAUUCCUUAUUUGCAUUCACUGCAUGCCUCUGCCGUUACAUGCAAUCAUCUGGUUUCCGGAGUGAAGGCAGAACUUUACGAAACGAUUGUUCGAGCUGGAGAGUCUCAGCUAGUGGAUUACAGUUCCAAACCGUGGCCUAUUGACGGCGGUAUGCUACCAGAAACUAUCGAAGACGAACGACAAGAAUACGAUCUACUUAUAACGGGUCACGAAGAUGGCUCCGUGAAGUUUUGGAACUGCAGCGAUGUUUGCUUAAGUCCAAUUCUGCAUGUAAAAACCGCCCCACUGUUCAAUAACAGUGACGAUUUUGACAAUCAUUUGACUACCUCAACGGAACAGUUAGACGACGGGGAACCUCCGUUUCGUAAAGCCGGUCAGUUCGAUCCAUAUUCGGACGAUCCUCGUUUGGCCGUGAAAAAGGUUCAACUGUGUCCGACGACGGGAACCUUAAUCGUAGCUGGGACCGCCGGCAAUGUGGUCAUUGCCAACUUCGAACCAUCACGAGAAGAACCUGGCCCGCUGAAGGUAUCCACGAUGAAUUUGGUAAGCGAUCGCGAUGGCUUUGUCUGGAAAGGUCACGACCAAUUGAAGGUGAAACGACAGUUGCUAGAAGAAAAUACUCCUAUUCAGGAAGGAGUGAAUGUGGUUAGUGUGUUGCAGAUUCUUCCACCGGCUGCAGUGACUUGCACGGCAGUUCAGAGUCAGUGGAAUCUGGUUGCAGCCGGUACCGCACACGGAUUGGUGCUUUUCGAUUACCACACUCAAAGCCCAGUGCUGCAUAAGUGCACACUGAAUCCGAAUGAUCUCACUGGUGCAGGUGAAACUCUAUCGCGCCGUAAAUCAUUCAAGAAGACCCUUCGAGAAUCGUUCCGUCGGUUGCGCAAGGGACGUUCCACCCGGAACAAUCCAAGUGCACAGGCCACUACGCCGGCGGAAACUCGUCCCGUCGAACGGCAGAUCGAAGCCCGCCCUGUAGAUGACGGAAUGGGUUCAAUGGUUCGGUGUUUGACCUUUGCGCAGACCCAUUUGACGAAUCAACAACACACUAGUGCAACAUUGUGGUCCGGAACGAAUUCUAGCUGUGUAUCGGUAUUUAUUCUGAAUGUUCCUCCAAGACCACCGCCACAGCCUCCAACACAAAACAACGAGGCCAACGUAGAUGGAGGGGAUGUUCCGCCACCGAAACCCAUCACCGGACAAUUGGCCAAGGAAAUUCAACUGAAGCAUCGUGCACCGGUCAUUGCGAUUUCUCUGUUCGACCAGCAUGGUGUUCCACUCGAUUUCCAGUCCAAACCGGGCCCUGGACCACACAAGGUUCUCAUUGCAUCCGAAGAGCAGUUCAAGGUAUUCUCCCUGCCACAACUGAAACCGGUCAACAAGUACAAACUAACAGCGCAUGAAGGAGCGAGAGUUCGCCGUAUAGCUUUUGCAACAUUCAUGUGCACCCUGCCGGCGUCCCAUCUGCAAGCAAGUCCAUCCAAAGCUGGAUCUCGAACACCGGCCCCAGCAGCCACCGAAUCUGCUCCAGCAUCCGGUUCUCCAUCCGCAGAAGCACUGAACGCCAGCAAUGCUGAGCCAGCGACCGCACCCGAAGUUCCAAAACACUACGAGAUCAGCCUGCUCUGCCUGACGAACCUUGGCGAUUGUUUGGUUCUAUCGGUUCCGGAACUGAAGCGUCAGCUGAAUGCGGCGGCAGUGCGGAGAGAAGAUAUCAAUGGAAUUUCUUCGCUUUGUUUCACAAACCAUGGGGAAGCCCUGUACAUGAUGUCUUCGUCGGAGGUUCAGCGAAUUACAUUAUCCACAUCGAAAAUCGUUUCGCCUACGGGAUACAUCGAGCUGGAAGACUGGUCUCACGAGCAAGAAGAAACCGAACUGGCGGUUGAAGCUGAUGAAGCAGCCGCAACACCGGAAGUUGAGGAACCCACCGCAGAAAAGCCAAUCGAUGUUGCGACACCUCUGUCCGUGGUCGUAACUGCCAUCAAUGGAACUGGUUCCGCUGGAGGGGAUGGCCUGACCAACGGUGUCGGCAGUGGCGAUGACGCUUCCCCCAACAAGGCCGCCAAUGAAACCAUCACCAGCUCUAUUGGGGACAUUACGAUCGACUCGGUUCGUGACCAUCUGAACUCGACGACCACGACGCUUUGUUCAACCACCACCGAGGAAAUUGUUGGCCGGCUAUCAGUGUUGAGCACGCACUCGAACAACGUAGCAUCUUCGGCCAAAGCCACCGACAUAACGACCCUCAAUUCAUCCAACAUUAAAGAUUUGAAACACAUCGGCGAUUCCACCGAAACGGCCUCCAACUCGGUGAUCAUCAAGUCAGUCAUCACCACGGUCAAGCAUGGCACCAGCCACGUCAACGGAGAACACAAUUCAACCACCACGACCGAGAGUUCCAAAACCGUCUCGACCGGUGGCGGGCUUCCUUUGCUCCGAAAGGAGAGUCAAUUCUAAGGGAGUUUUUUUUUCGGAACUACCAUCUGUCAACAUGAUGCAGUUAGUAAGAUAUGGGACGAACGGUGAUCGACGACACCAGAAGGGGUUGACCGCGCGAUCAGCGUGAUGAAGAUUGUUGUCGUUGUGUUUAAGUUUGAGCUAGUUUAUUAGUAUUACUAUUAUCACUUUUAACGCGACAGACAUUUGCUAUUAGAAGUAGACACAGGUAAGUAUUUUAUUAAUUUCUUUGUGAAAUGUUCACGACGUGUCCGUGUGAUAAUUCCAAUCUAUUCAACUUGACACACGUAAUAGGAAGGGCACGAUAAGAGAAGUUGAAUCCAAUGUUAUCGUCUUUCACAACAAACUUGAAAGAUCAUCGAAACCGAUGUUCCAGCUCGCGUUCCGUUAAAUAUGUUCACAAAAUGCAUUUAAAUGCGAAACGAAAAUAAUUUAAAAAAUAUGAUUGCGAUCGAAGACGCCGUGUGAUAAAUGAAAUUUUUUAGUUGAACCUGUCUGCAGACAUUGUAGAACGAACUUUACACAAACGAACACAUUACAGGAGACACAACUCUGCCUUCGAUUUUAUACUUGAAAUUUACCGAUAUUGGUAAAACUUAUUCAAACUGUGAACUGUUUACACAGCAAUUAAAGAUGAACGGUAGCUUAUUUAAUUAGGAGCACGAAUGCAGCCAGAGAGUAGUCUAACCAAGAAUUGCAAGAUUUCCGUAAAAAAGAUGCAUAAUUUUUCGCAAGUUUCCGAACGAGAACGAUUCUACAAAGUAUUAUUAUUAGUGCUCCUUCUGUGAAAAAUUCAGGGGAAGAGGCAAACGAUGAUAAAACGAGAUGUUGACGAAGGCAUCUUUUAGACAUAGCGAUCGGUAUUUAUAUAUCUAUUACUACUUAAAUAAAAACCACUUUAUUAUACAUAGUUGUAGCCGUAUUUUUGAUGCAAUUUACAUGCGUAAAAGAGAGUACUAUACAAAAGGUUAAGUAAACCCGACAAGCAAACAGAGUAAAUUAAUAAAAAUGUCUUAAUGUUUAGUGAUAUA